AUGGCCUCCCAUCAUCCUGACGUCACCACAGCACUGCGGGACGACCAGAAUGAGGAGACACAAAGCGACCCUGCCUGCUGCCCUGCGCCUGGUGGGGAAAAAGCCCAAGGAGGGAGCCCACGGAUGGAGUCACAGGGUGCAGCAGCGUUGGACAGACAGGCGUCAUCCCGUUACUUCGCUGCCCUGGAUUCCAGCGUGGGGGAUCUGCGACAGCGAGCACAGAGCCUGAUAGACAGACUGAACGACAGCCGCAAGGAGGACCACACCGUGAUGAGCAGCUUCCGCGACAGCCUGCAGCUGAAGGUGUCCAACCUGGCCGAGCAGCUGGAGGAGCGGCUCUUCCAGCUCUACAGUCUUCACAACGAACUGAUCCAAGAAAGGCUGCAGGAGCUGGCAGAGGUGAUGGAGCGAGUCCGGCAGGCAGAGGACGAGCUGCAGCAGGUCUGCCACACCGUGGAGGCAGCCUAUAGGGACCUGUGCCUGCAGCCCGAAACGUGAGCACGGCCCCGAGCCCACAGAGAGCCCUCAGACCUCACAGGGAGCCCCCAGACCCCUCCGUGGGGAGCACUGGGUGCAGCCCCCCCCCCCCCAGUCCGGCAGGCAUUCCCAGUACGUUGAGCCGGCUGCUCCUUUAGGAACAGAGAAACGGGGACGUCAACCCCAAAAUUGC